CGACAAAAAAGGCUACCUAGGGCACCCACGUAACAGCGUUCGUUGUCUCUCAGCGCAGGGGGACCGAGGGAAGGGCGCGCCGGCCGGGCAAACCACGCCUAUUGCCAACCCAAAGCGGCCGCCAGCUCCUGCGCUCGGGGAUCGUUUGCUUUUGCUUGCUGGCUGCCGCCCGAGGCCCGGCGGCUGAAUCACCAGCAUGGAGGAGUUGCCGGGAGAGGCUCCGGAGCGGAUCUCGCUGCACAAUUUCUGCGGCUGCUUGUCCGAGCAGCGGGUGCAUUUCCACAGCAUGCGCCUGCGGGACUCGCUCUUCCUCUGGGUCGGGGAGCGCUCGGAGCUCAGCAACCUGGCCGUAGCCAUGUGCACCCCCCGCGAUUCUGUUCCAGCAUCUACCUUACUUUUUGGCGAUUCCUCUGACAGCACCUCAAAUUCUCUAGCUCAAAGACUAGCCAGCAAGACUAAAAAACAGAUUUUUGUCAGCUAUAAUAUUCAUAAUACAGACAGCAGCUUCAUCUUGCUUGUAGAAAACCGAAUCAAGGAGGAAAUGGCAGCUUUUCCAGAAAAGUUCUAGCUUGGCAUCUCUCUGUGUGUGUGUGUGUAUUUUUAAAAUAAAGAAAAAGAUUUCAUGCUU